AUGGCCCGUCGUCUUUAUCUCGGCAGACUUCCCCCGGAUGCGCGUUCUGAAGACGUGUCCAAGUUUUUCGAUGGCUAUGGCCGCAUCGUGGACUGCCGCGUUAUGACUGGCUUCGGCUUUGUCGAAUUUGAAAGCUCUAGGGACGCUGAAGACGCUGUUCACCACUUCAACGGGAAAACCUUUAUGGGCGCGAACAUUGUUGUGGAAUUCGCGAAAGAAAGCCGACCCCGUCGCGAUGUCUAUGAGGCAGAACGAGCUCCUCGUGCAAGACGCCCGCCAGGAUUCCGUCUCGUUGUGUCAGGCAUCUCUCGUGACACGAGUUGGCAGGAUCUGAAAGACUUCGGGCGCGAAGCUGGUAGUGUUUCCUACGCGGAUAUCGACCGCGAUGCCCCAGGCGAAGGUAUUCUCGAAUAUCUCUCUCGCGAUGAUGCCGAGAGGGCCGUGAAGGAGCUCGACGGCAAGGACUUGCGCGGGCAACCUGUUCGUGUGAUCAUGGACUCUGAGCGUACUGGUCCCGACAAUUAUCGACGAGAUGCGCGUCGUGAUGAACGUCGCGAUGACCGCCACGGUCGUGAUGAUCGCUACGCUCGAGAAGACCGUUUCCCCAGAGAGGAUCGCCCUCCCAGAGACGACCGCUACUCCCGGGACGAUCGCUAUGCUCGGGAUGACCGUGCUCCUCGACGCGAACGCUCCCGUUCUCCCCCCAAACGUGGCGACUUCGACGAUCGUCGGGCCCCCAGGUCUCCCCCUCCGCGGAGGGAUGUUGAAGAUAGAAGGCCUGCAGGGUACGAUGAUCGCAGGAGUCGCUACUAUGAUGACCCUCGUGGCCCUGACCCAUAUUAUGACCGUCGUAGGGAUGACAAGAGACGUGACGAGAAGGACGAUAGGUUUGACGACAGGCCCCCGAGGCAUGCCAACGGAGAUAGCGGUUGGGCGCGUUAA